UGGACGUUCAAGCAGUGGGGUUGUUUUAACUGCAGUGGAACAGAAAACGCCACAAUGGUAAUUUACCUGGUUCCCACUAUGAUCUGACCAGAGGAGGGAGCUGGAGGAAGCACGGGGGAGCCGCAGGGAGGAGCUGGAGGACAAAGGGGGACGCAGGGAGGAGCCGGAGGAGGGAGCAGGUGGAAGCAGCGUGGAGCAAGAGGAAGGAGCGAGGGGGGAACAGGAAGCAGCGAGGGACCAUGAACUGGCCCACUGCUUAAAAAGUUUGAGGCCCCUGGCUUAUACCAUGGUGACCACACAGCUUGCUUAUCACAGUGCUGCCACUUCCUUUCAAGUUCAGCCUAAAGCCCCACCAAAUAAGAACAAGCAAGAGAAAAAGGUUAUUCAUCCGUACAGCAGGAAAGCUGCUCAGCUAACAAGAGAAGCCCACAAGCAAGACAGGAAGGAUAGGUUAAAAAAUGAAAAAGCUCUGCGCCUAAGCAUUAUUGGUGAAAAACUUCAAUGGUUUCAAAGCCAUUUAAACCCUGAAAAGGAAGAAUACACAAAGAAGGAAGCCUGUGAAUUAAUUGAAAGUUACUUACAUCGGUUUGAUAGUGAAUUAGAGCAAAUUGAAUUGCAUAACAACAUCAAAGGAAGGCAAACAAGACGGCAUGGUUCCCGUGAGACAGUUAUCAAACAAACCAUAGAACGUGAAAGGCAACUUUACAGCGGAUAUGGAAUAGAAAUUCCAGAUAUUGUGAAUUCCAAAAAUCUGAAAGUGUUCAGGGACUGGGAUCUAGACAUGAAGAAACUGCCAAAUAUCAAAAUGCGUAAAAUUUCAAUCAGUGAUUUACUUUCCAAAAGUGGCAAAGAGGUUCAAGGCGGAAAUGAAGAAACAGAAGACAAACUAGAAUCUAAUGAUGAAUCCUUGUCUGAUGUUCAAGAAAGUUGAAAUUAAAGCAGAGUCGUGAAGCUUGUGCUGAAUUUCCAAAAAUGAACUUUCUGGCUGUGUGAAAUGUAAAAUUAUUGCAAAACAUAAUGCAGACUAUGUGGGGUCUGUAUACCUGCAAUUGAAAAAAUAAACCAGUUUUACCUUUUGCCUUG